AGAAUGCCUUUGGGAGACAUUUGCAGGAGGACAGGCACAGCCUUAAGCUAAACUGCACCUGUCCACACCGCGCGGCCCAACCCAGGCCCAUGGAAGAGGGAAGUAGAGCCUGUGCUUACGCAUGCUGAGUAUGUAUGAGACUCACAGGAUUAGAAAAGAAAGAGAAGCGGAGAAGGACGGGCUUUGGGGCUCCAGCCAGGAGUAUGAAGUUUAUAGGAAUCUACAGAAGAGGGGCCUCCCAGCGCUAGGGCUACUUAACAGAGAAGAUGACUUGGAUUCCACAUACCGGACCGUGGGGCAGAAUCGGCCUUAUAGGAAAAGGCACUGUGGAUACUGGGACUUUGAGCAGCGUGAACCAAGCUAUGAGGACUACGAGGAAGUAAAGGAAAGUGGAAGGGACUGUGUGCGCCAUACAAGCCUGAUUCAAGGCUGUGAUGAUUACAGGAAUUCAGAAAAUACAGAUUAUGGGGUUCUAAAACCUGGGACUAAGGAAAAUUGGUCUACAGGAAUCCCAGACGUCACCUGGAAAGCUGGAGGACAUGCAGAGAUGAAUGGCUGUGUAGGUAAGAACCUGAAUUAUAAUCCUGAGGACUCUAAAGAAACUGAACAAUGUACUAGCUACAGGGAUCUGGAUGAUUCUAUGGGGAAUUUUGGUCCAUCUGAAAACUGGCAUAUGAACCACAGGAAUUUUAAUUAUAAUCUCGAGGAUUGCAAAGAAACUAAUUUUUGUUAUAGAGACUUCAACAAUGUAUAUCAUGUUCCUGGGAAUUAUACUAGUGGUGAGUCUGUGGACGUCCCAGAUUUGGAUGGUGUCAAUGAAGGUAAGGAAUUUGUGAAAUACUAUGAAGGGGACUGGAAUGUCGGUCAAAAUAUUAUCUUUCCCAAAGCAAAGACUCAUGCCGUGGAUCAGAGUAAUUUUGAUACAGAAGAUAAAGGCUAUGAUAUUCCAUUUGUGAACUAUGAGUAUGCGUUUCAGAAUUACAGUGACACCAAUUCUUUCCAUCAGAUGAAGGAUUUGGAGCAUAAUGGCAUUGACAAAGCAGGAAUGAUGGCAGCCAGGAGCAGCGGGAUCCUCUCGGAUAAUCUGCAGAAUCAGUGGGCAUGGAGGGACCAGGGAGAACAUCACUGUGGCACUCCGCACAGCCCUCCACUAAGGAAGAAUACUUGGCAUUUAGAGGAAGAGGGGAAAUUAAAUGGCCCAGAGACUUGGAAAAGGAAUAGUUGCCUCCGCCGCACAGCACCUAGCACCCUGAGACGCUCAGAAUUCGUGCAAAACAGGAAGAGAACCCAAGAAAUGACACUCCUCUCCUCCCAGUCUUCAUCACCAGUGGCCCCUUCUGGGUCUGCGUCCACUGAACACCCAGAGCAGAGGAUGCUGGAGAAGAGAGCCAAGGUGGUAGAAGAACUUCUUCAGACGGAAAGAGACUACAUUCGGGAUCUGGAAAUGUGUAUGGAGCGGAUCAUGGCACCCCUGCAGCAGGCCCAGGUACCAAACAUUGACUUUGAGGGACUUUUUGGAAAUAUGGAGAUGGUGAUUAAAGUCUCAAAGGAAUUACUGGCUGAUCUGGAGAUCAGCGAUGCUGUAGGACCUGUGUUUCUUGAUCACCGGGAUGAGCUUGAGGGAACAUACAAGGGUUACUGCCAGAACCACGAUGAGGCCAUUGCACUGCUGGAAAUCUAUACAAAGGAUGAGAAGAUCCAGAAGCAUCUUCAGGACUCCUUGGCGGAUCUUAAGAGCCUGUACAAGGAGUGGGGAUGCACAAAUUAUAUUAACCUGGGCUCCUUCCUCAUCAAACCAGUGCAGAGGGUAAUGCGUUACCCACUGCUGCUGAUGGAAUUGCUGAAUUCCACCCCAGAUUCCCACCCGGAUAAAGUGCCUUUAACCAGUGCCGUUCUGGCAGUCAAGGAAAUCAAUGUGAACAUUAAUGAAUAUAAGCGUCGCAAGGACCUGGUCCUCAAGUACCGAAAGGGCGAUGAAGACAGCCUGAUGGAGAAGAUCUCCAAGCUGAACAUCCACUCCAUCAUCAAGAAAUCCAAUCGCGUCAGCAGCCACCUGAAGCACCUCACCGGCUUUGCUCCACAGAUAAAAGAUGAAGCAUUUGAAGAAACAGAAAAGAACUUCCGAAUGCAAGAAAGAUUGAUCAAAUCUUUUAUCCGAGACCUGUCUCUCUACCUCCAGCAUAUCCGGGAAUCAGCAUGUGUGAAAGUGGUGGCUGCCAUGAGCAUGUGGGAUGUGUGCAUGGAGAAGGGACACAGAGACCUGGAGCAAUUCGAGAAGGUGCAUCGCUACAUCAGUGACCAGCUCUUCAGUAGUUUUAAGGAGAGGACACAGCGGCUCGUCAUCUCUCCCCUGAAUCAGUUACUGAGCAUGUUUACAGGGCCCCACAAGCUGGUCCAGAAACGCUUUGACAAGCUCCUGGACUUCUACAAGUGCACAGAGCGGGCUGAGAAGUUGAAGGAUAAGAGGACUCUGGAGGAGCUGCAGUCGGCCCGGAACAACUAUGAGGCCCUGAACGCCCAGCUGCUGGACGAGCUGCCCAAGUUCCACCAGUAUGCCCAGGGCCUCUUCACCAACUGCGUCCACGGCUAUGCCGAGGCCCACUGCGACUUCGUGCGCCAGGCUCUGGAGCAGCUGAAGCCCCUGCUCUCAUUACUGAAAGUCACUGGCAGAGAGGGAAACCUUAUUGCUGUCUUCCACGAAGAGCACAGCAGGGUUCUGCAGCAGCUCCAGCUUUUCACCUUCUUCCCAGAGCCUCUUCCAGCUGCCAAGAAACCAUUCGAGAGGAGAUCCAUGGACCACCAGUCUGCCCGAAAGCCCCUCCUGGGCCUGCCAAGUUAUAUGCUGCAGUCUGAAGAACUCCGGGCCUCCCUCCUGGCAAGGUAUCCCCCUGAAAAACUCUUUCAAGCAGAUCGGAACUUCAAUGCUGCUCAAGACUUGGAUGUGUCACUUCUGGAAGGUGACCUGGUGGGUGUGAUCAAGAAAAAGGACCCCAUGGGCAGUCAGAGCCGCUGGCUGAUUGACAACGGAGUCACCAAAGGCUUUGUGUACAGCUCCUUCCUGAAGCCCUACAAUGCUCGUCGCAGCCACUCUGAUGUCUCCGUCGGCAGCCACUCCUCCACCGAGUCAGAGCAGAGCAGCUCCUCUCCCCGGUUCCCACGGCAGAGCAUCAGCAGCACCUUGACAGUCAACCCCAGCAGCAUGGCUGUGUCCUUUACCUCAGGGUCUUCCCAGAAACAGCCUCAAGAUGCAUCUUCCUUGAAGGAGCCUGACCAAGGAAGUCUCAGUGCAUCCUUAAACUUGGGUAGUGCAGAGAGCUGUCCUUCCAGAUGCCCUUCAGACCCAGACUCCCCCUCCCAGCCCAGGCUUUGGGGCUCUUCAGAUGCAGCCAGAGACACUAACCAGCCCGCCCCAAGCCUGAGGAGUUGCCGAAACCCCAGGCAUCCCGAAACGGCUGGCUACUCUGUACUAGGGCGAGAUGGGCAGGGUAAAGAUCUCAUAAAAGGGUGUGCAAGAACAGCCCCAUCUCUGGAAGAUAAGAAUGAGGAGCCAGAAAGCAGUGAGGCAGAAGGCAACCAGGUCUAUUUUGCUGUCUAUACCUUCAAUGCCCGGAACCCAAAUGAACUGAGUGUGUCAGCCAGCCAGAGACUCAAAAUCCUGGAGUUUAAAGAUGUUAUGGGAAAUACAGAGUGGUGGCUAGCGGAAGUUAAUGGGAAGAAGGGCUAUGUUCCAUCCAGUUAUAUCUGCAAAUCUGAGUACACCUGAGCCUGCUCUGCCUCCCACUCAGCCUGCGCCUUCACCUCCCUUCUGAAGGGUUCUGCCGGCCUCUGCAAGGGACACAGGCCCUGUCUGCACUGCUUAACCGUGGCUCCACAGGGCGCAAGAUGAGUCUUGUUCUCCUCCACUGGGUUGUCAGCCUUGAUGCUCACUAGAAUUUCUAGAACUGGAAAUGGACUCGGGCUUGUGAUUCAGUGACCACGAGGAGAGCAGCAAGUCUCAGGGUCAGCGUCUGGAAAUGAGAAAUUUCCAAUCAGAAGACCAGGAUGCUAUGUCUGCUGGAAGCUGUGCGACAGCAGCAGAGGGUGUUUGCGAUAGUUGUACUGUGCUGAGUUUGGGGUGGCCUCAUGUUCCAUGAUCAACAGGAACUGAUCUGAAUGAAGAGAAUGAAGAGAAUUACCUGGGCGCCCUUUCAGGCUGUGCCCCUGCCUUUGGCAAGGAGUUUGUUGAGAUGGUACCAAUCUCAUGUUUCAAAGCUUCAUGUCAAGCACAGACAGACAGACAGACACACACACACACAAUUUCUAAAAGUUCCUAAAAUACUACCAUCUGUAAUCUUUUUCUUGUUUAUUUACUGCAUCUCCCCAGAUUGGUUAUGCAAAAUUCAACCGCUUUCUUUUCUUUUUAAAGAGCAUUUAGGGUCUUUAUAUUCCUUUGACCUUCAUCUGAAAGGUUCUCUUCCCUUUUAGGUACAGUUAUCUACACUUUUCUGACCAUCAUCUCUACUUUACACCAUCUAUGCCUGAUAAUCUCUCCUGGCUCUCUCUCCUGCAACACAAUAAAUGGUAGAUUUUCCUAGGAGCCCAGGAUCAGAGCAUCAGCCUUCCAUUAAAAGGAAUUGUGCUGCAAUGAGCUGAAACCAGUCCAACCUGGUGGAAAACUAGACGUCUUUCCUUUCUCCAUCCAACCACACUACCAUCCACAGAUGCAGAAACCAUAACAUAUGUAUCUUAUUUGAAUUAGGAUAAGCAGUCCCAGAAGUAGCUUGUCCUAGACUUGGAAAGAAGCAUUUUCUGUUCCACCACUAACCUCCAUGCUUAGAGACCAGAGUCUAAGCUGGACAGAUUCUAAAGUGCCUGGCUGUACCUCCCUCUGGCCUCAGGCAGAUACCUAUUAAUCCUUACCUGAACAAUCUCCCCCCCUGAAAGUUCUUUUCAAGCAGGGCUGCCCCAGAUAUGAAGCCUACCUUGAAACAGGGAACCAAGAAUUAUGUCCUGAGAAAAGGAAGUAAGAACAGCUUUACAAGCCACUGCUUCCCCAGGUGCACCUUCGGCCUUAAAAAUCCUGAUGAAUUGGGAGAUACCUGUGUAUGCCUCAGUCCCCCCGUGUCCACAGGUUGGCCAGACAGCAGCAAUAUGAGUCCCUUGUGAAUAGUGUUUAUAUUGAGAGAUGUUUAUAUUUAAGUAGUUAUUUUAUAAAUAAAAGCAUUUCUAAGGA